AUGAAAUUAGACGUUACUAAUUUACGUUUUAUAAAUAAGGAUGAGUGGAGAAUAUUAACAGCUGUAGAAAUGGGUAUGAAGAAUCAUGAAUUGGUACCAGUUCAACUUAUUGAAUCUAUAGGUAAUUUGCGACAUACAGGAUCGUAUGGACUUCUUCAGAAUUUACUUAGAAAUAAGCUGGUAUCACGGGAUAGCAAAAUAUACGAAGGUUAUAAAUUGACAUACUUAGGUUAUGAUUUUCUGGCAUUAAGAGCUUUAUCUAAACGAGGGAUUUUAUCUUCAGUUGGUCGUAGAAUAGGUGUAGGUAAAGAAAGUGAUAUUCAUAUUGCUAGUAAUGAGGAAGGAAGAUUACUUUGCUUGAAAUUGCAUAGACUAGGUAGAAUAUCUUUUCGAAAUGUGAAGAAUACUAGAGAUUAUUUAAGAAAUAGAAGUGCAUCCUCCUGGUUAUAUCUUUCUAGAUUAGCAGCUUUAAAAGAAUAUAGUUGCAUGCGUGCUUUAUAUGAAAAUGGUUUUGAUGAAGGGGAUAUAUCUGUUCCCGAACCUAUAGACUGCAAUAGACAUGCUGUUGUAAUGGAAUUUAUUAAUGGAGUACCACUUAGUACAGUUAGAGAGCUUAAGAGUCCUCAUGAAGUUUUGGAGCGUCUUAUCAAAAUGAUUGUGCGACUAGCAGAUUGUGGUCUUAUUCAUUGCGACUUUAAUGAAUUCAAUCUAUUAAUUGAUGAAGAUGAAAAUAUUACAUUAAUUGACUUUCCUCAAAUAGUAAAUACGACUCAUAUUAACGCUGAUAUGUACUUUAAUAGAGAUAUUAGAUGUAUUAAGGAUUUAUUCCGAAAGAAAUUCGGUAUUGAAGUUAUAGAUGCUCCAACUUUCAAUGAAGUUAUGCAGUACCAAGAUUUUACUAAUAAAAUUUUUAUAGAAGAUAAUGUAAGUAUUAAUAGUCCUUCAUCAAAUCUAUCUGAAAAUGAAAUAGAUGACAAUUUAAAUAUAAAGGAAUAUAGGAAAUAUGAGAUAAAGUCUGAAGAUUUUAACCAAAGUGAUCCAGAAUCUAAUUCUCAAGAAAGUGAUAUUGAAACACAUACAGAUGAGGGUGAAAUAGAUAAUCAGAUAACUAAAAAUGAUGUGAAUACCAAAAUUAUGCAAUAUUGGUUACCACAAAAGAAAAGGACGGAUAAAGCAAAGAUUAGGAGCGCAACCAUUAAUCAUAAUAAAAAGCAUCAUAGCUCUAAAGGCAAUUAUGGAUCAAAGAAAAGCAGAGAAUAUCGCAAAACAAAGGCUAUGAUUGCAAAUAUUUCAAAUGAUUUUUGA